AUGGACAUAGUAAAACUAUAAGAGUUCCUUGUUUACUACAGAACCCUAAAAAUGGAGUUAUCAAUGUCAUGAAAUGACAAUGACAUGAAACUUAUAUAUAAUUAUUUUAAUAACCGUGUUUUCUCUUUCAGAUUUCUUCCCGCAAGAGCAGUACCAAAAGUACAAUCAAAUGGGUAUCUCCGAGGCUCAAAAAGACGAUUCCCCUCGAACCACUCCUGAGCUGGCCAGAACAGACCAGUCCCCAUCGGAGAGACCUCCUCCAGGUUCAGCAGACAGCGAUGAUGCUGACGAAUUCGCACCAAAAAGGAAACAGCGAAGAUAUAGAACAACUUUCACGAGUUUUCAACUGGAAGAGUUGGAGAAGGCCUUCUCCCGAACACAUUAUCCUGAUGUAUUUACUAGAGAAGAACUGGCAAUGAAAAUCGGUCUCACGGAAGCUAGAAUACAGGUGUGGUUCCAAAAUCGUCGUGCGAAGUGGCGUAAACAGGAGAAGGUCGGUCCCCAGGGUCACCCCUACAACCCGUACCUCGGGGGCGGAGCACCCCCGCCGUCCGUCGUCGCCUCUAUGCCCAACCCCUUCACGCAGCUCGGUUUCGGAUUCCGAAAGCCGUUUGACACAAACGCCUUAGCCUCAUUUAGGUACACUGGUGGACCAGUUCUAGGUGCCCAGUACUUAGGAGCACCUUUGCAUCGUCCACCUCUCUUUUCCGCACCUCUCUACACCAGCUCUCCCCCCUUCCAUUCUUUACUGGCGGGUCUCGCAGCACCACCUCGACAAUCCCCAGACCCACCUUCCGUAUCCCCUCCUAUAUCCCCCGGAAGUGAGUCACCCCCCAACCAACCUGCGGCACCUGAAGUUGAAAGAAGAAGCUCUAGUAUUGCCGCACUAAGAAUGGCGGCGAGAGAACACGAACUGAGAUUAGAGAUUUUGAGACAACGACACCAUACAGACUUGAUCAGCUGAGCUCCGUUGCAUUUUGAAAUGCAUCAGAAUAAUUUCAUUCGAUUCCGCUUUCUUAUUCACAAACAACUUUCACUAAUAUAAAAACAAGCUAUUUUUUAACAUUAUCCGUGUUAAAAGCAAAAGAAAAGGAAGCAGCAAGCAAGCAUGUUAAAAUCAUAACAAGUAUAUAUCGAAUAAUAUAACAGUUACUAUAUUUGUGAAUAAGAGAACAGAAUUGCGGAGGCAUAUCAGUCUUGCCGUGUAAGAUAAUAAAAUAGUAAUUAGAACAUUUUGUAAAGUAAAAAAUUUGGUAGAAUUUUAAGAUGGCAACAAUUAAUUAAAACCGAAGAUAAGGUCGACUUAUCGAUAUAUUAAAAUUGUAUUUGAUAAAAAAUAAGAAAAUCAGUUUC